AUGAAGAAUUUUGCAUUUCUUGUUGGGGCAGCCCUGGCGGCUAUUCCCCAUGCAUCCGCUCACUACUUCUUCCCUCACUUCAUCGCCGAUGGUAACUUCACCGGAUACUUCGAGUACGUCCGUGAGGACACCCAGGGUUAUAUGCCUUACAAGGGUGGAUACUCAUCAGACGAUCUCCGCUGCAACACCGGUUCCAUGGACUAUGCCAGCAAGACUGGUGUAUACAAAGUCAAGGCUGGUGAAACGAUCGGCUUUGGUACCGACUUCAACGCUCUCAUUGGGCACCCCGGUCCUCUUCAGGUUUACAUGUCCAAGGCCCCCGGUGAUGUCCGUGGAUAUGACGGAUCUGGCGAUUGGUUCAAGAUUUACAAACUCGGUCCGAAAAGCUUUUCCAGCGGCGAUGGAAUUACUUGGGGUGCGAAUAAUAUCGGAAACUUUACCUUCCAACUACCCAACGAGAUCCCAGCUGGUCAAUACCUUGUGAGAAUCGAACAGAUUGCACUCCACGGCGCUGGAUAA